CCGUUUCCGUAACAUCCCGUGCACUGAAUUCCCUGAGCGAGGGCCCAGUGGCCGUGCACGGCUUUCUGCAAAUCACAAGAUCCUUCAAAAAGAAAGCGGAAGAGGUGUCAUCUGUGCCUGGUGGGGCACGGUGCUGUUUGGCACGCGCUGCGGCAGCCUCAGAGCUCCCCGCACACGGGAGCCACGAGGAUGGGAAAAAAUUCCCACUGCUUCAGCACAAGCCAGCAGGCAUUUGUGUGCAAAAAACAAAGGGGGGAUAGCGUAAACACAGGCAAAAUACUGAGUUCAGGUGGUCAAGAUGCAUUUAAAGAUUGGAAUUCUGCAUUCCAAAUCCAAACUCCACUUACGCUGUGCAGAACCAGCACAGAAGGAGCUGAGUGCCAGCAAUCACGCUGCCGUUAGCCUCGGCGGGGCUGUGCCGGCCCCAAGUAGUGGCUUCUUUCUGCAGCACCCCGCUCAGCCUGUCCCCUCUGAAACUUCUGCUUCCCUGGGGACAGAUACCAGAGGCUGAGGACAGACAGGCCAGGAGUGCAAAGACACACGGUGGGGCUGCGCAAAAGCCAAGGAUGGCAGCAAACUGCACCCCAAGCAUGGUCUUGGUGCGCCCCUGCUCAUCUCCCUGCCUUUUCAAGAAGCUCAGCUCAGGCUCACGUCUGAAUUAUUUGUUGUCACCAAACUCACGUAACUCAGUGGAAGCAACAACUCUUUCAACUGCAGCGUGUUUGCACUGAGCAGCAGGAAGAAACGUCCCAAAGUCUGAAACAAAUGCGUAAAUGUCUCUGCUCCCUAACGCUCGUGUCUCCAGGUGUGAACUCACCUCUUGUUUGUCACGGACUGUUUUGUACUGAUGGAGAGAGUCUGCUGCAGAGGGAGAGCCUCACCGUUUGAAGUAAGCAGAAACUAAUUUCCCUAAAAGAAAACAGAAUCUAUACUGCCAAGCCUUCGCCCAGCCAUUCGCAUGGUUUUGUUGCACGGUGCCACUACCUGGGUUUGGCUGCUUAGAUCUUCACCCCAGUCAAACAGAUGGAAUUGCUUUCUUUUGUCUUCAAAGAUCUUUUGCCAAGAAGUAAAAGCUGGAGAGGUUGCUGGUGAGCACUGUUUGCACUGAGCGGUGCCCAUCCCCGCCUCAGAUGCGGGCUCCUUUUGGUUUCGAACAAAUUACAUCACCCCUGCCUUUCUGCACCUAUAAAUGGAGAUCGUGUUUGGGGCAUUCGAAUGUACAGGGCUGUAGGAAAAAUUAAUUCGGUAAUGGUUUUAAUGUGCUUUGAAGAUGAAAAGCAUUGCCCUACAUUAGGUGGUAACUGCUCUCCGCAGGCUCUGUCCCCGCUGCGGUUUGACUCCCUGGCACGGUCGGUGCCGCGUGGGGCUCUGGGGCUGUCUGGCUGCAGCAGCACCCGGUGCGAGAGGUGUCCCCUCUCUGAACACAAAAUAUAUUGUGGGGGGUUAUCUUCCCACGUGGCAGAGCCCAGGAGCUCCAAACUCUGCAGCUAGAACAUAAAUAUGAGUAGUUAAAACUCUUCAAGCAUAAAAAGAGACCACAACAAACAUCAAAGUGACCAGAAGAAUUCAGCCCCAGCCGGGCUUCUCUGCUAUUUAAUGCUAGUUGGACGACGAUAAGAAGUUUGCUUUUGUUUUUAUUUUUUUUUUAUUGAAGCUCGAGUUAUGCCAGUGUAUUUACUCAAUAUUCAUUAAGCAAAACGAAAGGGCAUUUUUUAAAUUAGAUUGCUUGUAUCUACUGCUCUUUGUUAAGGUGGAAACAAGAAGAAAAAAUGUUUCCAGUUAAAACAAGCCUUUCUGAUGGUUGUUGCUUUUUUUUUUUUUUUUUUUUUUUCCCCUAAGGGAUUGCUAGCAUAGAGAUCAGGUGGAAUUUGAUCAUUUUGUGUGUGUGAGGUAUCCCGAAAAGCCUGGCCCCUGUGCUGCCCGGCCCAGAGCCACACUGCUCUCAGAGGACACCUGGUGGAAGCAGCUUCUUCCUCCCCCCAAAAGCAGCUCCCCAAAACCUGUCCAUCCCAGCCCAUGGGAUUUCUGCUGCUCUGGUGCUGGCGGCAGCGGGGAGCGGAGGGGAGGUGGGGAGAGGUGCCAGGGGUCCAGGGGGAACGCGACAGGGAGCAAAAUCUGCAGAAGGUACAUGAUGAGUUGUGGCUAUUUUCAGUCGGUGCAGGUGAAAGUAUGAAUGCAAAGGCUUCUGCAUGGCCAUGCUAGCCACACCUGUAAACCGAGCUUUCUGCUUAAAUAUGGUGCUUUGAGAUCUUUUUUCUUCUUCCGACAUGGAUGCAGACUCCUGAUCUCAGUUUUCCAAGUAGAAGUGUUGAGCCCAAGCUGUCAUUACACUGCUGCACUUCAGUGCAGGCGUACACGAUGCUCGUGCAGCUCCUCAGGUGCACAAACCCAUCUCUGGCAGAGGCUUCCAGGCGCUGGCUACAAACAUCACCCACCCAACGCCGUCCUCGCCCGGAGGAGAGGUUGCUGCCCGCAGCCGGUGCUUGCUGGAGCACCGGGAGCUGCAGACGCACACAGCAUCCCUGCUGCAGCCCUCCGCGACACCCCUGCCUUCCCUUUGCAGCUCGGCCGUCCCCAGGAACUGGGAGGCAGAUCGCUCUCGCCGUGCUGGGACCGUUCAGACCUCGGCGUUUUGGAUCUCCGAGCAUCCCGUUGGGCAGCACACGGCCGGGCAUGGGCUAAGGCGAAGGCCUGGCCCGAGGAUGACGAGAGCGCUCGCCGCAGAGGGGAGGACUCGGUGGGAGCCAUCACGCGCCAGCGAGCCGCGACGGGCGACGACACCCAGCCAGAACUCGGGCGUUUGCAUCCAGGGCAGCGCUGCCAACGCUUUAAUUCCAUUUUUGAUAACGCGAGCAAGCAGCGGAGCUCUCCCCAUGCAGGUGAGGAGAUGGAGAGGGAUGUGCACGGAACCGUGACCCCGAGCCGCUGACAGCAGCCUGCUGGGGGUAAAGGCAGCUGCUCACCAGCUACAUCUUGGUGGAACGGGAAGAGCAACUUCAAUUGUCUUCAGUUUUUCCAAAAGCUCCCGUUCAGCACCAGUGCAGCGUGCAGCUGGCCUAAUGAAAAGACUUGAAAAAUGGCACCAGAUGCUCCGAGAGAAGCAGGAGUAUGGAGGCAAACCAGAGCUCUCUUGUUCAAGAACUGGCUUGUUAAAUGUAGGACAAAAAAAAGCAGCGUUCAGGAGAUCCUUUUCCCACUCUUCUUCUUGUUUUGGCUCAUUCUAAUGAGCAUGAUGCAUCCGCACAGGAAGUACGGCGAGAUCUCCGACACCAACCUCGGUACUCUGGACACCUCCAUGCUGGUGAAUUUUGUCAUCGGAUACACGCCGCCCACCAGAAUGGCACGAGAAAUCAUGAAGAAGGUGGCUUUCGAUAACUUCGAAGACGGCAUCAUCACGGAGGAAUAUUUAAGCGAAGAGGAGCUGCAAGAGGCCAGUGCUUUCAAACCCUCGAACUUUGUGGGCGUCGUGUUCAACGAUGCCAUGUCCUACCAGCUGAGGUUUCCCGAUACGGUGGCUAUGACUUCUGUGUACACAGAAUCAAGAGCCAGUUGCUCCAACCUGCGGAAGGGUUGUGAAUCGGUGACGUACUGGAGCUCAGGAUUUACAGCUCUGCAAGCCUGCAUCGAUGCGGCAAUUAUACAGUUGAGGACCAAUCAGUCUGUUUGGGAGCAGCUCGAACUGACAAGAGCAACGGUUAUGGGAGAGGCAGCAGUGGUGGAAAUCGACAACUUUCCUCGCGCCAUCAUUUUAAUUUACCUAGUAAUUGCUUUCUCACCAUUUGGAUAUUAUUUGGCAAUUCAUAUAGUGGCAGAAAAGGAGAGGAAGUUAAAGGAAUUCUUAAAAAUAUUGGGACUUCAUGAUACUGCCUUUUGGCUUUCCUGGGUGCUUCUGUACACGAGUCUGAUCUUCGUCAUGUCCAUUCUCAUGGCGGUGAUUGCGACGGCCUCCUCGCUCUUUCCCCAGAGCAGCGCCUUUGUGAUAUUUCUCCUUUUUUUCUUGUAUGGCAUCUCUUCAGUAUUCUUUGCACUUAUGUUGACACCUCUAUUUAAAAAGUCAAAGCACGUGGGUAUAGUUGAGUUCUUGGCCACGCUGGCUUUUGGAUUUGUGGGCCUGAAUAUCGUCCUGCUGGAAGACUUCCCCAAGUCUUUCGUGUGGGUUCUCAGCCCCCUGUGCCAGUGCAGCUUCUUGAUUGGUGUCGCACAGGUCAUGCAUCUGGAAGAUUAUGAAGAUGGUGCAACAUUCUCAAAUCUAAGUCAUGGUCCUUACCCACUCUUUAUCUCACUUAUUUUACUGGUGCUGGAUAGCAUAUUUUAUCUGCUUGUAGCUGUCUACCUUGAUCAGGUUAUUCCAGGGGAGUUUGGACUACGCCGAUCAUCAUUUUUCUUUAUGAAGCCCUCGUUCUGGUCAAAGCACAGAAAAAAUUACAAGGAACUGUAUGAGAGCAGCAUCAAUGGCAAUUUAAGUUGCAGUGAGAUGGUUGAACCUGUGCCUUCCGAAUUUCAGGGAAAGGAAGCCAUCAGAAUCAGCUGUGUUCAGAAAACAUUCAGGAAAAAAGGGGAAACUGUGGAGGCUCUCAGAAACUUGUCCUUUGACAUCUACGAAGGCCAGAUCACGGCUCUGCUUGGGCACAGCGGGACCGGGAAGACGACGCUGAUGAACAUCCUCUGUGGGCUGUGUCCGCCAACAGAUGGGUUUGUCUCUGUCUAUGGGCACCGAGUCUCUGAAAUUGAUGAAAUGCUUGAAGUGCGGCGAAUAGCAGGCGUGUGCCCCCAGUCUGAUAUCCACUUUGACAUACUAACCGUGGAGGAGAAUCUCUCCCUGUUUGCUGCGAUUAAGGGAAUACCUCAGAAUGACUUGAUACAAGAGGUGCAGAAGGUGUUGCUGGAUCUGGAUAUGCAGCCUAUCAAAGACAAUCAAGCUAAGAAGUUAAGUGGGGGACAGAAAAGGCGGCUCUCGGUUGGAGUUGCUGUCCUUGGGAACCCAAAGGUUUUGCUGCUGGAUGAGCCGACUGCAGGCAUGGAUCCGUGUUCGCGGCACAUCGUCUGGAACCUCCUGAAAAACAGAAAAGCGAAUCGCGUGACAGUUUUCAGCACUCACUUCAUGGACGAGGCAGAUAUCCUUGCUGAUCGUAAAGCUGUGAUUUCUCAAGGGAUGUUAAAAUGCCUUGGAUCUUCUCUCUUUCUGAAAACCAAAUGGGGAAUUGGCUACCGCUUGAGCAUGCACAUCGAUGCCUAUUGCAACACAGAAGCUACAACCUCGCUGAUCAGACAGCACGUACCCACAGCCAGCCUGCUCCAAGAGACCGACCAGCAGCUCGUGUACACCCUGCCACUCAAGGACAUGGACAAGUUUGCAGGCUUGUUUUCUGAUCUCGACACCCAUUCCCAUUUGGGCGUUAUUACUUACGGUGUUUCCAUGACGACUCUGGAGGAUGUCUACCUGAAGCUGGAAGUUGAGGCAGAAAUCGAUCAAGCAGAUUACAGCGUGUUUAGUUCCCAGCAAGUGCAGGAGGAGGCAGACACAAAGUCACUCGACGACAUGGAGCAGAGCCUCCUGAUGCUCUCGGAGACCAGGUCGCCCCCGAUGAGCCACGCAGCCCUGUGGAAGAAGCAGGUUUCCACCAUAGCAAAAGUUCACUUCCUUAGUCUCAGGCGAGAAAAUAAAUGUGUCAGAGUGAUGUUGUUGCUUUUUCUGAUUUUCCUUGUAGUUCAGAUUUUGUUGUUUCUCACGCACCACUACAUCAAAAAUUCAAUAGCUCCUGUCAGACUCUCCCCGGAUUUGUACUUGCUGAAGCCCGGGGAGGAAUAUCACAAGUACAGGAGUCGGCUGCUGCUGCAGAACUCCACAGACUCAGAUAUUGAUGAUAUUGUCCACUCUCUUGGGAGCAUGAACGUACUGGUGGAGAUGUUCAAUGACAGCGACUACGUUUCAGCUGCCCCUCACAGUGCAGGUUUAAAUGUGUUCGACCUUGAAUCCAGACAGAACUAUGUUUUCACAAUCGUAUUCAACAGUACCAUGGUGCAUUCCGUGCCAGUUUUGAUGAAUAUUGUCAGCAACCUACUGCUGCGCACUCUGAACGUAAGCGAGAGCAUUCAGAUCUGGAGCAACCCCUUCAUCCAGGAUCUUCCAGACACUGUUUUCAAACUCGAGAUCUAUUUCGAAGCUGUGCUACUGGGAAUCAUUGUCACAGGCAUGCCACCCUAUUUUGCCAUGGAGAAUGCAGAAAACCAUAAGAUCAAAGCAUACACACAGCUGAAGAUAGCGGGGCUUUAUCCGUCCGCUUACUGGGUGGGCCAAGCUGUUGUUGACCUCCCGCUGUUCUUCUCCAUCCUCGUCCUGAUGAUAGGCAGCCUCUUUGCCUUCCACUAUGGCAUCUAUUUCUACGUCGGCAAGUUCAUGGCUGUGCUUUUUUGCCUGAUUGGCUACGUCCCAUCAGUUGUGCUGUUCACUUAUGUGGUCUCCUUCACAUUUAAAAAAGUCCAAAAUACAAAAGAAUUUUGGUCAUUUAUAUUCUCAGUGGCAGCUUUGCUGUGUACGGUUGUCACCGAAGUGGCCUUUUUUCUGGAUUUUUACACAGUGACCACCACCCUGCAUUAUGUCUUCUCUAUCUUCAUUCCCAUCUAUUCCCUUAUUGGCUGUCUGAUCUGUUUUAUAAAGGUCUCAUGGACAGACAAACAGAAGAACGGAGAAUACCACGACCCAUGGGACAGGCUCCUGGUGGCAGUUAUAGCUCCCUAUUUGCAGUGUGUCGUGUGGCUCUUCCUGCUGCGAUGUUUUGAGGUGAAGAAUGGAGGGAGGACAAUUCGAGAGGAUCCAUUUUUCAGAAAAUGCUUCACAAAAGUCAAAACGUGGAAGCUGCCGGAUGCCCCACGCGACGAGAACGAGGAUGAAGAUGUGAAGGCGGAGAGGCUGCGGGUGAAGGAAGCGCUGAGCAACCCCAAUGCUGAGGAGAUGCCAGCGAUCGUGGUCAGCAGCCUGCACAAGGAGUACGACGAGAGGAAGGAGUUCCGUCUGGGGAGGAGAAUAAAGAAAGUGGCAACAAAACACGUCUCUCUCUGCGUGAGGAAAGGAGAAAUACUGGGAUUAUUAGGACCCAACGGAGCUGGGAAGAGCACGUUAAUUAACAUGCUUGUUGGAGAGGUUGAGCCGACCAGCGGGCAGGUUCUGAUGGGAGAUUAUUCUUCCGGAGUGAACAGCGACGAUGACUCGGUUAAAUUUGUGGGGUACUGUCCUCAAACUAAUCCACUGUGGCCAGAUAUUACACUGCAGGAACAUUUUGAAAUUUAUGGUGCUAUCAAAGGAAUGAGUCAGACUGAUGUUAAGGAAGUUGUAAAACGCAUCUCAAGUGCCCUGGAUUUAAAAGACCACCUGCAGAAGACAACAAAGAAGCUGGGAGUCGGGCUGAAACGCAAGCUCUGCUUCGCCCUGAGCAUGCUGGGCAGCCCGCAGGUGACGCUGCUGGACGAGCCCUCCACUGGCAUGGACCCCAAAGCCAAGCAGCACAUGUGGCGGGCAAUUCGAGCAGCCUUUAAAAACAAGGAGCGAGCGGCUAUUCUGACCACGCACUACAUGGAGGAGGCGGAUGCUGUGUGCGACCGCGUGGCCAUCCUGGUGGCUGGGCAGCUCAGGUGUAUAGGCACUGUUCAACACCUGAAGAGUAAAUUUGGCAGAGGAUACUUCUUGGAAAUGAAAUUAAAGGAAACACCUGACGUACAGCAGCUGGAGUAUCUGCAGAGGCAGAUUCUGCACAUCUUCCCAAACGCAAAUCGUCAGGAAAGUUUUGCUUCUAUCUUGGCGUAUAAAAUUCCUAGAGAAGAUGUACAGUCGCUUUCACAUUGUUUUUCCAAGCUGGAAGAAGUAAAACACACGUUUAACAUCGAGGAGUACAGCUUUUCUCAGGCAACACUGGAACAGGUCUUUGUGGAGCUUGCUAGGGAGCAGGAGGAGGAAGACAGCAGCUUCGGCACCCUGAACAGCACGCUGUGGUGGGAGAGGACGCAGGAGGACAGGGUCAUUUUCUGAGCCCCUCGCCAUCCCGACGGCUCGCCAAGCUGCUGGUGCUUUGUGCAAGUGAUGAUCCCCUGCACCAUGUCGUGCUGGGGGAGCCAAGCUGCCAGGGGUGAGCGUGGAAAGCGUCAGCGCUGGGGCAGGGAAGGAGAACGGCAUUUGGGAACGCUGAGCAUCCUGGCCUGAGCGAUGCCGCUGCAGUAGUGGUGGAAGCAGUGAGGAUCCCCACCGUUAUUUUGCCUGUUGUGACAUUCCUCCUCUGCUGCUUGGUUCCUGGUUCGCAUGGAGUGAGCAGACGCUGCCAGGACGCUUGGGCAUCUCCUGGAGUUGGUGCCUGCCCCAGCGGUACCGCUGCUCGCCGUGCUCUGCCAGUGCUGAGGUUGGGCUGCCCUUGCUGCAAGCCGGGCAUUUGGGCAACGCCAGCUCCCCUGGAGCAUCCUUCCCCUGCAGGCAUCGCUGUCUGCCCAGCGAGGCUCCGUGCGUGUCCCCACAGGGUCCUAUUCCUGUGGCUAAUCCGUCCCUGCUCACACUUAGAAGAUGCACCUGCUUUGGAGAGGGGGAAAAAUUGCUCCGGUGUAACCGUAUUCACUGCAGGCAGGGUCCUGAAGUACCCCGCGGGCUUAGCUUGGUGUCCAGCCAGCCUGGAACUGCUCACUUACAGCUACGACCCAGCACUUGUCAGCACUCGUGGUCCUUUCUGCUGCAGACUGGCAAGUGUGGCUAGCUCGUGCUGCCAGGCGUGGUGGCACUGCUGUGUGUAAUGCAUGCACUGUAGGGUUAAACAAGGUACACAGAAGUGGAUGCUUCCCUCCCCCCCCCCAGCUCAGUGAAAGUACAAAGACAUAGCUGUGUAGUUAUGGGAUUUGCAGAAAUGUGUUUCUAGUCUGUGUCAGAAACAGUCCAAUUCUGUUGUGGGGUGCGACGGCAUGUAUCCUGCCGGCUGGGCUGGAGACGGUCCCUUUAGCUGUUUCCAUUCUUGGCGGUGAAUCCAUAAGCACACGCAACACGAUUUCCUAAUCCUUCCAUGUAGUGAUCGCAGUAAGUAAUGCCGUAGUGUGCUCAGCAUAGCGUGCUUCGUCCCAGCGUGGCAGUUUUUCAUUCGCCUUCAUAAACCCAAAAGAAUAAGAUCACAUUCACAACCUCACAUGUAGGAAUAGUGCCUUUACUUUGCAUAGAAGCACUACGAAGAAAAGAAUACAUAGUUCUUUAUCCUAAGAUCCAACAGAUGUAUGUUUAAAAUAUAUUAUUUUCUACACAAAGCUAUCAUCACUUUUUUAGUUUUAUAUGUGAAAUUAAAGAUUGUUAACUGUUCAUUGUGUUCUGCAAUGAGCAAAUUUAGUGAUGCAUUUUUAUCAAAACAUUGGCUUCAUAAGUCAUAUCAAUUGUGUGUCUUCACGUUAAAGUUAGAAAAUACCUUUUGCUUUUCUUGAGGAAAUUCAGAAACCGAGGGUUAAUGACGACUUCUGGGGCCCAACCGUUUGUACAUAGUCUGUGUAAUACUGUUUUUUCAUCACGUUGAGAGCCCAAACCUGUUUUCCUUUGUCAUCAUGGAAACGUUUCUCACUCCAGCAUGGGGAGAUGUACAACUCUCACUUCCUCCUCCGUACCCUCAGGCUGCCACUGAGGGUACAGAUUUUGUUUUGCGGUGAAGCUGUGAGCCCAAGAGCUGUGGUAGCACCAGGACCAUGACCUGAAUUCAUCCCUUCUGCACAUGCAGCCCCAUUGCUGCCCUUUUGUAAUUUUAGUCCCUUUCACUUAAUAGGCUGUAAGGUAAUUCUGUACAAUGAUAUUUCUGUCUGGGUAACAUCAUCCUAUUUCACGUAGCUUAUCGUCUAACAUUUCAAACAGACCCUACGAAAACUUUGUUAGCACCUGGAGUUCCUCAGCUUGGUUCUCCUGUUCCUCACCCCGGUGUAACCCAGGUGAUGUGGCGCUGUAGUCGUGCAGCUACCCCUACAGAGGAUCUGGCACGUUGAGUUAACUGUGUACGUGGGUGGGAUCUUUUUGGUGGUGUGGCUUUGGGUUUCAAUGUAGCAUAAGGUGCCACCCCAAGACAUCUCUGGAAUUACAGUAUACUAUAGAAAAAGUCUUCCAAAGUGUCAGAUGAUGUCUGUAACUGCCAGAACAGGGAAAAAAUAUGCAAAAUUAAACUAGAAUACCCCCAAGAAGUCUAAGGUUUUAUUCCUGCAGAUUAAGUCCUUUUGUUCAGCUGUUGUCAGCGACGUACCAAAUCCUGGCCAUACUACCAGAGCCCCAGUUCGUGCUGUAGGAGGUACAAUGCCUGGAAGAGGAUGCAGCAUGGGGUUUGGGCUUGCUGCGGGUAUUGGGGCAAACCAGUUUCCUUCAUGCUGCCUUUUCCAGGCAUAAUAAUCCUUAGCUGCUUUGGAGGGAUGUUGUGAUGAAUAAUUAGCCAGUGUAUCCAGAACUUUGAAGAUGACUUUACUUUGUGGUCUUAUUAUAAGGAUGUAUUUUUAUACGAAUGAAUCUAAUGUGUCUGAUUUUGUUCAUGUUACCAAGAAAACCCGUAUUUAAAAACACCUGAGCAGUGAGUGAACCGUAAUGUAGCUGACAUCCAGUGUUCUGGUAGCAGGAAACAGCAGGUUGUGGGUCUAAACAUGUUUGUAACACUCCUGAUGUCACAGUCAGGCACUUUGAAUCAUUUGCAGUUUAAUACUUUUUUUUUUGUCCUAUUUUACCAUUCUGCUGUAUUUGUAAAGUUGAGGUUUUCCAUUUUCCAGCAGAAAGUACUACCAAAAUAAAGAUGGAUUGGAUUGUUAAA